AGAUACAUACCUCGUACCUUCCUCUUCCUCUUGCACGGACAAUAAAACCCCUCCUGUGCCCACUCCCGCCUUCUCUCUUCCUCCAUCGCCCUGCCAGACGUCAUCAGCUUUGGUCCCGCUACACCAACACUCACGCCACACAUCACAACCAUAAACACGACUACAAACACUCAUAUCCAUAUCCAUACCCAAACAAUCGUCAAUCCGCCAACAUGCCUGAAGGUGCAGCUCCCAGUCGCUACAACCCAUUCGCCCGUCGUGAGGAGCAUACUGGCCAGUCCAUCCUCCUCCUCAAGAUCACCACACUGAUCUCCUACCUGCUCCUCUUGGUCACCGCCUUCUACUACAAUUUCAACACCCCGCACGAAGGUCACCACCCAUGGCGCACCAUCUGGGGUCAGAACAGGCCCACCCCCUUCGCCUUGAAUAGCAUCAUGGUCAGCAUCUACUGGAUUGUUCUCUUCAUCCUCCAGCUCGUCUACGCCUGGUCUCUCUACUCCUCCAACACCGUCUACGUAAACGCUGCUGCCAACAUUGGCGCCCACUACAUUGCCAACAACCUCCUUCUCUUCGGCUUCAUCCAUCUCUGGGUCCGCUCCCACUUCUGGCUCGCCGAGUUGUUGCUCAUCAUCAACUUCUUCAACUUGAGCAUCACCUACUUCCGCCACUCCACCACCCCCAGGCUCAUUCACAUCGGAACCGUCAGCGGCCCAUUGGCAUGGAACUUUGUUGCUCUGUACUGGGUUGGCGCUCGUGCGGCCUUCAACAACCGCCUUCCUGAGAGGAUCGUCGGCAACAUCUUCAUCUGGGGAUACCUCGCCUACGGCACCUUCUUCCUUGCCGCAUUCAAGGACUACACCAUUGGAUUUGAGCUCUCCUAUCUCUCUUUCGCAACCGCAGUCGGCCAGUUCCUCACCACGAUCCCCGUCCUCCAACUCCAGUGGAUCUUUGCUUUCACCAUCGGUGGCCUGCUCUUCCUUCUCUCGCUUGCCGUAGCCUCUGGUCGAUCCAGCCCCUUCAAGCGUGGAGAGAUUGUUUCGGAGGAUCGUGAGCGUGCCCCUCUGCUUGCCGAUGAGUAAGCUGUAGUUGCAGAGUGAAGCUCAAUUCUGUGCAUUGGAUCUGUCCAUCACAGAAAUAGCAUAUUGCAACUGUCAGCCUUGAAAUAUCCUCUACUCUCCCUCCACCAAUCCGCCUGUCGUUCC